UCCCUCUCCCUCUCUCUCUCGAUGGAAGACGCGAAUUGACAAUGAAGGAGAUAGAAUCAAAGAUAUGGAAUCAGAUGAUUUGGGCAUCGGAGGAGAUGCGAAGCGGAGGAGAUUGAAUCGGCGGAGGCGAUUAGGAGGAGAUUCAAUCGGAGGAUCCGGCUACUGAAUCAUCAAACGCCGGCGAUAUUAAGCUACCCUCGUCGCCGACUUACUUUGAACGGCCCUCUCUCGCCGUCGAGAAGCAUGGUUCCUUCAUCGUCGAGUACAACGUCCCUAAGAAGGUUAAUUUCUGAAGAAUUGAGGCAAAACCAAACAAUUGCAGUAGAACUAAGAGUUUUUGGGUUUAUUUAGGGUUGGUGUAAUCUGAAUCACUCUGAGCUCACUUCAUGUUUCAGCACUUCUAAGGAAGAGAUUAUUUCUGUCUGUUUGGAUACCAAAAUGUUGGACACUGGCUCCAAAGAUGCAAUCUUAUGUUUGGUGGGGAUGGGAGAAAUGGGAGAGAGAGAUUGACUGGAUGGCAUUGGAAGGAAUCAACUUGCCUCUAGCAUUUACAGGGCAAGAAGCUAUUUCAACAACAGUUUCCAACAUCCUUGCGUCACAAAAACAGAACAUUACUCGGGGGUACAAGAAUCCUUUGGGAUGAAUGAGUUGAUGCAGAAGGAGUUUUAUGGCUAUGAUCAGAACAUGUGUAGUAUGGGUAACAUCAAUAGCAGCAGCUUUCAACAUCCUUGCGUCUCAAACACAGAAGCAGUACAAGAAUCUGUGAAUAACUAUGGGCUGGAUCAGUUGAUGCAGAUGCAGCUUUAUGGUUGUGAUCAGAACAUGUCUAGUAUGGGUAACUCCGGGUUGAUGCAGCAUGAAGUUUAUGGUUAUGAUCAGAACUUGUAUACGAGUGAUAUUACCGACAGAAACGUUCCAGAUCCUAGUCUCUCAAACACAGUCUGAGAUUUCUCUAAAAUCAAUCAAACUGUCCAAUUAUGAAGCUGUCUAUGCAUUGCAUUGGUGUCUAUUUGAAUGUGUCGGGCACUGAUGCCUGGAGAUGAAGAGAGCGUGAAUGAUGAAGCAAUAUGGGAAGCUCUUCCUCUUGAAGAGAAGAGCGUACUCGUCGCUAGAAUUAACUCAAUGGUUAAUGAGAUUACAGAGGAAGAUGAUGACUCACUGGGUGACCAGAUUCGUGAACUAAAGGAAGAACUAAUAAGAACCAAGUCUGAUGGGUUCAAACCUGACGGAAGCAACUUUGUGAGGGAGAGUUUGAGUCAAUUGAGAAACAGCAUCAACAAGUCUUCUUUAGUCAUGUCGUGUGCUGACACCAACAAACAAGGUUCAGAAAAGGAAACAAUGUAUGAGGAUCAUGAGGACGAUGGUGAUGUUAUGGAACUGAGUAAACAUAUCAACAAGUUUCACAGUUACUGCGAUUCUGAUGACAUGAGGGAUUCUCUUCAGUCCUCAUUCGCAAGUGCUUCAGGCUGUGAAGCUGAGUCAAUGAGUGGAGAUGAGAUUUGCUCUGUUGAUAAACACAAAGAUUGUGCCUUGGCUCAUUCUGUUCCAAACACUGUGGGAAAUGGGAUCUCAAUCACUUUACCGCAUCAGACACGUAUCCUUGAAGAGCCACCAUUGUCAGAAUCUCCAAAGAUUAGGAAUUUCAGGAAAAGCGUGGCUGCGUCGACAAAGUUUCAGGCAAGUCCUAGGAAUGUAAACGAGAUCUCAGACAUUGGAAACAAAAACGUCCAACAGUUUGGUCCUUCUAUGUCUUCCAAGAAGCAUUUAAGUCCUACAGAUUCUCUAGCUGCGAGUCUCCAGAGAGGACUGCACAUUAUAGAUUGUCACCAACGGAGCUCACUCUCAAACAGAUCUUCUGUUUCCUUCUCCUUUGGCCAUCUCUCUCUGAAGCCUUGCGAUGAAAGCGAUAAUCUCAGUGCUUCGGUUAAACUGUUACAAGAAGAUAGACCAAAAGAAGGUGGAUCAUCAUCGAUUCUCCUCUGUCUUUCUUGCAGACAGAAACUUGACCAAGAAGCUGAAGGAGUAUAUAAGGCAAUAGAAGAAGCUUGCGCGGACGAGAAGCAUCUCAAGAACAUGUGUGUGGAGCAGGCUACCAAAAUUGAGCAUCUAACUAGUCUGUUAGACCAAUACAAAAAGAACACUGUGCAGGAGUCAAGUAAGCUAAUGAAAUCCGAUGAUGUAGAAGAUGAGACAGAGGUCGUGAAGGAAACAUAUGAGACAAACCAAAGUAGUGAAGGGUUUGGGAAAGUAAGGAUUGAUCUCAGUGAAAAGGAAGCUCUUUUAAAGGAGAUUGCAGAGCUCAAAAGCAAGCUGCAGCCUACAAAAUCAACUGAUAAUCUGAGAUCCUCUUUGCUGUUACGGUCUUUUCAAAUGAGGAAGAGCACUGAUUUUACCAAGAACACUGAGAACAACAACGAUGUACUAGAAGAAGAACGUGAAAGGUGGACAGAAAUGGAGAGUGAAUGGAUCUCUUUAACAGAUGAUCUAAGGAUAGAUAUCGAUAACCAUCGUAGACACGCAGAGGAUCUAGAGAUGGAGCUCAAAAAGGAGAAAAUGGCGACAGAGGAGUUGAAUGAUGCUAUUAGUAGAGCUAUGAUUGGUCACAGUAGACUCAUCGAGGAGUACACAGAACUGCAGGAGAAGUAUGAUGAAUUAACUGAGAGGCACAGCGUGACGAUGGCAGGAAUCGUCGAUGUGAAGAAAGCAGCAGCUAAAGCUGCUUUGAAAGGUCGCCAUGGGAAGCGCUUUGCGAAAGCCUUUUCAGCUGAGCUAACUGCCAUAAGAGCAGAGAAGGAGAAAGAAAGAGAGUUCUUGAAAAAGGAGAACAAGGGCCUUAAAAUUCAGCUGCGAGAUACUGUUGAAGCUGUCCAAGCUGCUGGUGAAUUACUUAUCAGACUCCGAGAAGCUGAGCAAGCUGUACAAUCCUCUGAGGAACGUUUCAGCUUAGUAGAAGAAGAGAAUGACAAGUUGAAGAAUCAAAUGGAGAAUUUAAAGAGUAAGCACAAAACAGAAAUGAGCACAAUGAAGCAAUACCUAGCAAAAACCAAAUUACCAGGGUCUGCAUUAAAGCCAUGGUUCAAGGAGAAUGAGCAAGAGAAAGAAGAAGAACAUGUAACAUCAUCAGAACACAGAACCGGUGUGGUGAGCUAUGACGAUUAUACAGACGAUCAGGCAUGGAGAGCCGAGUUUGGAGCCAUAUAUCAAGACCAUGACCAUUACUGAUUUGAUCAUUUCAUUCCAAGAACAAAAACUUGUUUUACCAUGACCUACCUUGGGUCAUUUCAUCUUUUUUUAUGUUGCCUUUAAAAACCCCUAAUCGUUUUGUUAUUCUUGUUGUUGUCUUUACAUCUUCCAUUACUUUAUGGGCAUGUUUGCAUCCAUCACCAGCA